CUUUUCUUUUACCUAAAUCUGCUCAACUUGCUUGCCCCUUCCCUUGUUUCUUUUCGAUUUCCCUUUUCGUUUUGUUUCAAUUCUUUCAAAUCUGGGGAGCAAUCGAUGGGAGGCUGUUUCAGAUCUAAAAGACAGAUUGUUAGGGUGGAGGUGGACUGUUUCGAUAGGUUGAGGAUGGGUAGGGCAGCUACAAACUGGGUAGGUGGGUUGUGGUUGGAUAGGGUUCAACGAUUCAAUCUAGAUCUGAGAAUGGUAGAUGAAGGAAUUGGAACCAUGCUUAGUCGUGUUUGUCUUGAAGAGGAUGAAGACGACACUCUUCCCUUGGUCUCGGCUUGGAAACUAGAUGCUUUCAAGCUGGAAAAGCUGCGGUUGGUGGGUAUUACGAGCACUUCCUUGGCCACAUGGAUGGAUCUUUUCCCUCAGUCUAUGAGUUAAUAAUUAAUGGUGAAUGGAUAGAGUAUUAUAGUAUUGAGAGACACUACAUCGCUAAGUCCGCUGAUCUCUUAUGCUAGGUUUGGGUGGUAGAAUAGAUGUGAUUACCAACA